UACACAUGUUUGCUUCUGGCAGCUGACAGCGCGUCAGUGGAACGCGCCACACCUUGACGGCCUUGCAACGCCAGCGGUAGCCUACACGGCGCGUCUCUAAACUAUCUUUUCCGUGUGCAUGUGGAUGAUGAGUCGGCGCGAUCACGUUCACGGCCAGCAGCAUCGUGUUUCGUUUGUUCCCACCGGCCAUGUCUCCCGCGCUCCUUGCCUUCAGCGACUGGGGCGGCCCUCGCUUUUACCCUCACCCACCCAAAGCUAAGUUGCAUCGUGCAGGGAGCAGCAGAGCCGCCUCGAUGAUGGACUCCGGCGCAAUCAAGCCCCCGCCGAAUGCCCACACGAAUGGCGGCGGCCCUGGCACCCACUACACCCACGGCGGCACCGACAGCGACCUCUCGCAAGUCUUGCAGGCGCUGCAGGCCAUCUACGACCCCUCCUCGAGCAACACCACCCGCCGUCAUGCCUCGGAGUACCUGGAGCAGGCGAAGCGGCACCCAGAGGCCCCCUCGCUCGGCCACACGCUGGCCAUCGACAAAUCGCAACCCGCCCAGCUCCGCCACUACGGCCUGUCGAUGCUGGAGCAUUCGAUUAAAUACAGCUGGGAGGAUUUCACAGUCCAGCAGGGCGAGGCUGUGCGGAACUACGUGGUGGACCUCGCCCAGAAUGUUGCGGAGGAAGACCCCGUGUAUCUGCGAAACAAGAUCGCCCAGCUCUGGACAGAAAUUGCGAAGCGGUCGUGGGCCGCUGAAUGGAUGAACAUGGACCAGCAGUUGGUAGAGCUCUGGCGGACGUCGCUGCACCAUCAGGGCGUCGUUUUGUACAUUUUGGAAACCCUGUCAGAAGAAGUGUUUAACCGCGAAGACACCACGGCCGGCCUUCGUGGCAGCGAGCUGGGGCGAGCUUGUGUCGAAAUCUUCACGCCCGCAAGUGUCCUCACCGACGAGCUUCCUUCACGGGACACAAAUCUAGAGGUGCGGUUUGACGACGAGGGCUGGCUCAAGCGACUCUGCGUCAAUCUGGACUGGUGUCUGUCCCAAGACUACCAGAAUGAUGAGCGCGUCCGCUUGUGCGCUGUGAAGACCAUGAAUACGCUCCGAGCAGCCAUGACCUGGGUCAUGCCAAAAGCCAUUGUUGCCGUCCAGCUGAUUGAACAUGUGUGCAAGGCUCUGGCGGUGCCUGUCGUUCCAUUACAGCAGGCUUCUGUUGAAGUUUUGCAGUCCAUCUAUUCCCGUCACCACCUCCACGACGAUGAAUUUGUCGAGUUGGUUUGCCCCAUGUUCACCCCCGGAACCGUUACCCUUCUGCGUGAAGUCUACCGCUGGACAUUGGCGGACAUGAACAUCAAUGACUUAAAUGACGAGAAAUACGUCCUUUGCAAAAAGCUCUCAGAGUUGGCCUCGAGUCUGGGAAACUACAUAGAACAAAAGCCACAGCUCAUUCCCGAAGGCAGCGAUCUUCCUGGCAUAUUUGGUCUUCUCUUCGACAUCUUCCGCAACCCGAGUCUUGUUGUGUCAAUACCCAUCCUUCACUGCUGGACUAAGCUCCUGCGCUCACGCAUAGUACGUGACUCUGAUGUCGUUACUCAAAUGAUUGGGGGUCUUUUGGCGACCUGUUGCGAGCGAUUAGUCCGUUACGAAGUGUUUCCUGAGGAUUCACAAGAUCCCACUUUCCUAUUCCUCAACGAAGAUAUCGAUACAGUCCCUGAGAGACAUGCUUUCCUUGGCAAUUACCGGAGAUUCUGUGCCGACAUCAUCGAGGUACUGGUGCGCCGGACCCCUGUGGAGGCUAUGGAACAUAUUCUGGGGCAAGCAACCACUAUGUUUCAGAACCUAUACCGCGAUCGACCUUCAUUUCAGCCCUCCAAUUUCUCCAAACAUUCUCAGCCUGUGCUUCUAGUUGAUGCACAGAUCACUGUCAUUGAUGCUGGCCUGAAAGGAUACCUUAAAUGGUUAUCCACUCAAGGAGUGGACCCACAGGAAGAUGAUCGGAAGCGGAAUAUCAUGGAAGAUUCUUUCGAGCAAUGGUGCCGUCAACUAUUGCAGGCUAGAUUCGAGGAUCCCGAAAUAUUGAAGAAAGUUAUCCAACUCAUGUCGACCUUUUCCAACAAGGCCCUCCCAAACCGACCCGCUUUUGCGCUCACCUUUCUUGAGUACAUUCUUAACACGAACGUUCCCGAGGAUCCAGCCCACCCACAGUAUUCAGAUGCUGCCAAGGAUGUAGAACGUAUCUGCAGUUUGGAGAUACAGAAACUGGCUAUGAAUUUUCCUGAUAAUUUCAUGGCGGUAUAUGAUGAACUCGAGCGAAAAAUUAACGAGAUCAUAUCGUCUCAGAAGAUGGAUGACCGGCAGUGCAUGGCAUUUUCCUCUUUCCUUUUUAUCAUAGUCCAUCGCAACACUACGCUUGAUGCUUCUGUCCGCGAAGAGCGUAUGAAGGGAAUUCUGGGCCAAGUUAAAGAUGCUUGGCGCAAUGAUGCAUUCACAAAGUCUCUCUCCACUUUUCAAUCCUUCUGCGGGGUUAUGGGGAUGGACCGUUUACCCGAAUUCCUCUCCACACAUAACUUCCAGAACGUUCAAGAUUGGUCUGAACAGCCACUUGAUGAGGAAGGCCAAGCUAUGCAAGCGGCCAUUCUCGAGCACUCUCAGCACCUCCCCCUCCGACUCACCAAAACUCUACUCGCAGCGUCGAUUGAGAAGCUACGUGAUGGCUCCGCAGCAUAUGAGACCGCUGCCGUUUUGUGGGCGGAAGCAAUCCCCACCAUCCUCCCCAACAUCCUUCAGCUCGUUAGCCAUGCGCAAGCAUUUAAUAACAUCGAGAGCAAUUGGUCUCACCUUCCACCUGAACUCCAGCAAGUGGUCCGUAAGGUACUGACAGACCGAUUCUGGCAGGCCGGGAUUUCUACAGAGAGCCGGGAUGACUUCUUCGCCCGUGUCAGUGGCUCGAAAUCGACAUAUGAGGGUUUUGCAUCUACUGUCCGAGGAACAGUGCGACAGAUUCGUGAGAGCUCGUAUUACAUCCUCUACUCCUUGACGCGUUUCCGAGACUUCUUCUACGGAAUUCCAGACUUGCCCGAACCGCUUAGCCGUGCCCUAUUCGGAAACGCACAUGCCUUGUCUUCUCAUCACUUAUCGGUGUUGUUGAGCGUCUCGACGCAUCUAAUUGAAGGUUGUCCUCCAGCACUUCGGAAAGACUUCCUGCCACCAAUGAUUCAAGGUCUGUUUAGAGAAUUAGAUCGGAAAAUAUCCUCAGAGUGGAAUAUCCUCAACCGGCAAAUUGCACAGUCUGGGGAAAACGAUAAUCUGACAGAUGAGAUGAAGAAUGAGAGUAUACUUCGGCAACUCACAUACUCUUCGGCCGCACUUGUCUCGGUUUUAUUAGACCCUAGUCGAAAUGACCCCCCCGGUUCAGAUAGCACACCAUCCCAUGAUAAUCCGAUGUGGAAGUUUAUUGUCAGCACUGGGGCCGUUCUCGAACCGAUUCUCCUCUUCUGCACAUCUAUGCUCCGCGUCCGAGAUUCCCGUUCCGUUGUCGCCGUUCUCCGAGUCCUUCGAAACCUCAUCCCCCGAUUCCGAGAUAAGUCAGCCGUUCGAGACUUCUACUGUAAUGAUAUUUUCAAGAAUGCGAUCACCAGUCUACAUGAGCCGUAUUUUGUGGACUGUCAGAAAGAUUUAGCGAGUCUAAUUGCAGCUAUCAUCCAUUUAGAUGAGGAUAUUCCUAGGUCGAUCCUGCUGAGCUUGCCGGGUAUGGGAGAUACAUAUCGCGUCGAUCGGCGAUUGUCGAAGUUGCGUGGUGCGAACAGGAACGAUGAGAGGCUCCAGCGCUCCAUUGUGCUAGAUCUGCUCUCCAGCGUUCGAGGCGUUAGCAUCCACGAGCAAGGCAAGAUCGAGCGCGCAAAACCGAAAAGAAAGACGGCAUUUCAGGAACAGUACAUGAGCGUCGAUCAGCCUCCGACUAUUGUUCGAGGCACUUCUCCUGGUCUGGCUGGAGUGGCGGACAUGUUUAGUGAUGUGUGAGUGUGGAGACAGGGAAAGAAAAAGAUCAGUCAGUCGGUACGGUUAUCCCACUUUCAAAUUUGAUUCCGAAGUCAAAAUGCAUAGCGAGGGGUUUUGAAAGGGGCGGUGGCUUUUAUUCCAAUCAGGGCGCUUUCGGGUUGGCAUGUUCGUUCGCUGAAUUGACGGCCUCGAUUGUCAUGGUUUGGCGUUGGCUAGAUUCGACACUAUGGCGAUGCAUGGACUGGCGGGCUUUCCUUUGUUCUCUUUACUGUAUGGAUGGUGGUGGGUGG